AUGUGGGACGAAAAUAGCACGAGAACAUUCGCAAGUUCUUUAAAUGUUCUGUGGUCCCUUGUGAUAACUUCGCCAACCACUUGCACUCUCACUCCAUCAUUCUUCAAAAUGUCUCAAAAAUACGUCCCUCUUACCGUCAUCAAAGGCGCAGGCCAAGAAUUCAUCCCAAUCCCCGAGGGCGAGAGCGCAAUCGUCGCAGACUUCCACUCCAUCCGCACAAAUACCAAGGACUCACCAAGCUACCUGACUUCGGGCUUUUACCGCAUCCAGCCCGGACCCACCCGCAACAUUCCGACGUACGACUACGAGGAGACCAAGUACGUGCUCAACGGCCAAAUCGACGUCUUGGACGAGGCUACAGGCGUGACGCAUCACCUUGUUGCUGGCGACUUUGCGUUCUUUUAUGUUGGGUCUAAGGCACAGUUUUCAAGCAAGUCGGGCGGAACGGCUUUCUUUGCGGUGACGAGGCCGAUUAUCACCCAACAUCCUGGGCUAAAGGGACGCGAGGAGGUUGUCAAGUCAAAGUUGUAG